AUGACAGCCUUCGGCCCCCUGCUCUUCCUCGUCUGCCUCCUCGCCGGGCGGGGUUCCGCGGCCGCGCCUUCGGCCUCACCAACGGCGGGCUCCGACUUCCCAAGGACGGGCCUCCCCUCGGAGCCCUCUCUCCCAGCUUGGGAAAACGCCACUCUCCACCAGCCUCACCCAGAAUCCCCGGGGACAGCGUCUCCGGGGCCCUCCAAGGCGCCUCAUUCGGGUUCCCCUGAGUCCUCGCCCCAUAACUUCACUGACACCCCCACCCCUGACCUCCAAGAACCCCCACACCCAGAGUCUCCUGAGGCCUCCAAACCUAACUCACUCAACACCUCCAUAUCAGAAGCCCUGGAGACCCCCAAAAUUAACCCCUCCCAAGUGACACAUCCAGAACCUUCUGAGACCCCCACGCCUGACCUGCCUGAGAUUCCACACCCCAAGUUCCCUGAGGCCCUCAAACCUAAUUCCUCCACAACUCCACACCCAGAAUUUCCUGGGACCCUGAAUCCCGACCCUCCCCAAACUCCACACCAGGAAUUCCCAGGGAUUCCCGAGCUUAACUCCACUGAAAUCUCACAGGCAGAGGCCCCGGAUCCUGACCCCACCGAAACCCUUCACCCCGAAACUCCAAAAAUCCAUGACCCCAACACCGCCGAGACCCCAAACACUGAAUUCCUUCAGACCCUCCACCCCAACCCUACUGAUACCCCCUACCCAGAAUCCCAUGUAACCCACCACCCCGGCCCCGCUGACAUUCCCCCAUCAAAACUCCCCACAGCCCACUACCGAGAUGCCGCAGAGAUCCCCAGGGACUCUGACCCUGAAACCUCCACCCGUCUUCACCCAGACACGCUUGCACCCUCCAGGGACCAAGCUCCUGCCCUGCACGGGCUGCCCCUGAACCCCGAGCCAGAACCCCCUGCGGCCACCCAGCCCAACUCCCUUAAACCGCCCGCCUCAGAGUUUCCUGGGACUGCUGAGCCCAAGGCCUCCCAGAACUCUAGCCCUAAAGGGCCAGAUGCCGCUCUUUCCUCCUCCCGGAUCGCGAACCCCCCUGCUCCUCCGGGGCCCCCCAAUCAGCCGGCCCCUGCCACUCUGCGGGCCCCCCAGCGGCGCAGCCGAGGUGAGAGAGUCAACACUAUCAUCCUGGUGGAACGAGUGAAGGAGACCGGUGUGACCCUGAUGGGACGCCCCCGGGGCGGGGCGGGAGGGGCCCUGUGCCUCUUCUUCGCCGGGACCGGGCUGCUGAUCGGCAUUUUCCUGCUGCUGUGGUGUCUCUACCGCCGGGCGGCUCGGCACCGGCCCUUCGCACACCACCGGCUUCCAAACGACGGAGAGGAGUCGGUCCUGCAUUUGGACACUCCCAAGGAGCCGUACGAUCUCUACUUUUACGCGCCGGAUGCUUGGAUCCCUUCACACAUCUCCACCAAGCAGCCGCCGCCCACUCCUCCGCUGCCGCCCAAGCUGCCCCCGCCGCCCCGCGGGGGCCGCUCCCAGCGCCUGGAGCCGCUCUCCCCCGCCACGCUCCCCGACAACUUCGUGUGAGCCCCUCUAGGUCCCUCCAGACGUGCGCCAUCCUCGGACAUCCUACCCUCCCGGCAUGCUUUGCUACAGAGUGGUACCCUCAGAUAGAGCCCGCCGCAGAGAUGUCUU